GCGUGUGGAUGCCAAGCUUGGGCGGCACGCUGACGAAGAGUCACGUGACAGGGCAGGAUUGUUUGAAUGCUGGAGUGAAACUUGGGCGUGUUUGUUAUGUUCUGUUGUGUGUGAUUGAUACGUUGCACGAUGGCGAAAAUUUUUCAGUGCUGUGCGCUUCUUGUGCUGCUAGGAUUACUUGUGGAGCCCAGCACUGGCAUUAAAUGUUGGGAAUGUCGUUCUGAUACUGAUCCAAAAUGUGCAGAUCCUUUUGAUAAUAGCACUGUUCCCAUAACAGACUGCAAGCAAGAACCAGAUCUUCCACAUUUAAAGGGCAUUAGGCCAAAAAUGUGCAGGAAGAUAAGGCAGAAAGUUAAUGGGGAAUGGAGAUACUUUCGUAGUUGUGCUUAUGUAGGAGAAGUUGGAAUUGCUGGAGAUGAGCGCUUCUGUCUGAUGCGUACUGGGACAUACAAUAUUUUCAUGGAAUAUUGUACAUGUGAUAGCAAAGAUGGUUGCAAUUCAGCAACUUCCUAUCAGCCACACGACUUGCUGCUUUGCUUUGGUAUUUGUGUUAGUGUAGUACAGCAUCUUGUGUGUUUCUUUAAGGCAUUCCGAUAAAGUACUUACUACAGCUGUAAGCACACUAGAGUCUCAGGUUUGUACAAUUUAGGUGAAUCUCAUUUGCUAGGUGAAGAUAAUAUAUUUAUCUCUCAAAGAAAGAUAUACCAAACUAGAACUCGUUGCACCACGCGCAAAAGUUGUGGUUUUGAAGAACCUUAAUUUUACUAGUAUUUUCUGAAUAUAUUUCCAGAGAAUUUUAUUAUGCUUAAUAAAGCAUUAACAGUUACAUGAAGUGAUAAACCGAUCCGUCCUAUUAAAAGAGAAAUGAGAAGACUGCCUCAUUUUUAUUUUAUUUUAUUGGGUGAUAUUUCUUUUCUAUUUGUGUUCAUUAUAGUAUUACAAAGCAAGAGGAAUCUCAUUAAGGUGAACUAUGAGAAACCGUCAGUGCCUGAAGUUUUGACAUAUUGCUUGUAAGAUUAUUAUAUUGCAAUAUUAUUCUUAGUUUUAGAACUUGUUUUACCAUUGUUACACUUUCAGUGAUGGGCUUUAGUACUUGUGUGAAAGACUUUAAAUCGUAUUAAUUCGUUAACAUUUGAGUAUGUUGUUACAUAGAACACCUUAGCUUAAUUUCUAAAGUGGUUUAAAUUAUUUGAAUAUUCUCUUUAAUAAUAGAAUUGUCGAUGUUGAUGGCCAGAGACCUUUUACAUUGUCUUAAAUAAGAUUGCAUUUGAACAAAGAUAUGUGGGCUUGGUAAUAAGAUGAUUAUGGAUGAUACAACUUAUGGAUUGUCCAUUAAUGUAGAAAAAUAUUUAAUAAUAUACCUCUUUAGAAGAGUACUGAGGAAACAAUAUAAUUGUCAGUAUUGUGGCACUGGGGCACUGAAGUUCAUUGUGUACACAUUUCCAGCUCAUUCUCUUUAAAUCUAUAGAAAUUGUAAGAAUUCAAGGUAGUAAGUGCCAUUGAUUAUUGAAAUUUUGUUCUGAGGUUUAAUUUUUUGUACUAUAGUUGAUACUGACAGCUGCAGCAGGCUGGGCACAGCAGCUUUGGGAGCCUACCUCAACCAAUAAUGUAACGUGAUUUUGUAUACGUAUUCACAGCAACGUCUCAGUAUUAUCACAGCUCUGUAGUCAGCUACUGUUUUCGCCUGCAGCCAUUUGUGUGUCGGAGUUGAAUGCUGACAACAGUGGAACCACCUGUCGGGGAUUUUCUUACAUUAACUCGGCUAUAGAAUGAGUGGUGGGAAGUGUCUUUCAUUUUGUUGAUAUUAUAUGACUCAUCUGGAAAGAGCUGAAGUAUCUGUGCUACAUUCCACUGACAAAGCAGAGUAUAGUUCUCCGUCCGUCUCCCUCCUGCACCCGUGCACCCCCGUCUAAAAUAGAUUUAAAAAAAGUGCGUGUAUCGUUUGAUAUAGAGAUAGGGCAAAGUAUGAGACAGUGAAGAUAUGCAAAUUUAUUCAUAGUUGAAAGAAAACUUGAAAAUAAGAACAGAUAUAUAGUGGGAGGAAAAUGUUUGAGAGGUUUUGUUCCCAGUCCACUUGUAGUUGAUGACAUGUUUAGUGAUCAUGGCCAUGCUACUGUUUAAAAAUAUUUUCCCAUGUGAGAGCUGGUCCUUAGUGUUUCCCAAAUUUAUUAAGAGUCACCAAUGGUUGUAAGUGAAAUGCGGAUUCAUAUAUUAAAGAGAAGUGAGUGAUGCAUAUGUUAUUUAUCUUUUCUCUCCCCAUUCUGGUUUCCUCAAGAAACCCCUUGAAGCUUUUGACAGAAUCUGUAGGAUUGAUGAGCAGCAGCAUAGUCUGUUACCAGCAGCAUAGCCUGUUAGGGAAUACAGAAGUGUCAGAUUCCACCAAUCUGCUUUGACCCAUGACAUCAGCAACAUGCCAGAAAUGGCUGUUCUAAGCAUCUGCAAUAUGGCGCCUAUGAUAUCACUACAUACACACGGCAACAAACACAAAAAUAUGUAUAAAUAAGACAUUAACACCUCCCUCCAAAAAUACAUUCAAACUAACGAGACAACUGUGGGAAAUUGCGAGUUUUUGGGAGGAGAAAAGCUAAAUAUAACGGUAAGAAAAAAGGGGGGGUCCCAAAACACACAAGAUGACUAACAAAAAAAAUAAUUACAAAAAUCUAGUGGAAAUCGGACACUUCCCUUGACCUAUAUAGGUCAACCACAGCUGACGAUACCAAAACACCAAUGCCUACAGCAAAAACUACGGGAAUUGGAAUCAGAAUAGCUGACAGUACGAAACACCUAUACCUGCAUAUAAAAAUACGAAAAUUGGAGUAGGUCAUUUCCCUUGACCUAUAUAGGUCAACUAUAACUACUUAUAUGAAAAAACCAACCCCUACAGCUACGUAAAACAAAACCAAAGCCACAACACCUCAAAACUAAAAAC